AUGAUAGAUAUUUUUGCCGCUCUACAUUACUCGGAAGAGAGGCAAGUGACCUUUGCGGUUUUUCAACUUGAAGGUGCCGCUCGCUCAUGGUGGAAUAUUAUCCGGACGAAGUGGGACCGAGAACAGACACCAAGGACCUGGAUGAAUUUUGUACGGGAAUUCAAUGCCAAGUACUUUCCGCCGCUGGUUCAAGAGAAGAAAGAGGACGAAUUUAUUCGUCUACGCCAAGGAACGCAAUCGAAGGAUUUGGCCGUUGCCCAAAUCACUACUUUUAGUGAUGCCGUUGAGAAGGCAUUACGAUCCGAGAACGCUAGGCUCCAGGUGAGGAACUUCCAAAAUCGAAAGCGUGGAGCUGCUGGAAGUACCUCAACUCAAGGUGAUAAGAGUGCCCCUUCCCCUCCUAAGUUUGGACGGGGAGCUGGAUGGGGACGAUUUACGAGUCCGGCUCGAGGGGCUCCUUCUCGAGGAAGCCAACCAGGGCGAGGGCCGCCGAGGAGCACCGCACAAGGGAGUUCAGCUACUGUUGCACGUGGGCCGUGUAACUUUUGUGGAAAACCCAAUCAUACGGAGGACGACUGCUGGAGGAAGCAGAAUAAGUGUUUGCGGUGCGGAAGUGCGGAGCACCGGUUCGCCAACUGUCCGGUCCAGGCACGCGAGACGAGAGGAACUACCCCGGCGACAUCCAAGGCUACCUCAAGUCAAUCGAGGGUAGAUAGUACCAAACCAAAGGUACCUACACGGGUGUACUCCAUUGAACAACGGCCAGUUCCUGACUCUGCAGAGGUAGUGGAAGGUACGAUUCCUGUCUUCCACCGCCUAGCUAGAAUUUUGAUAGAUCCUGGAGCUACCCAUUCUUUUGUUAACCCCGAAUUUAUGUGUGGAAUUGAUAUAAAUCCUGUCACUCUCCCUUAUGAGUUGGAAGUUAGUACACCUACGGGGGACCAAAGCUUGAUUUCUAGUAAAAUGUAUACGAAUUGUGAGAUCUGGAUAGGUGAGCGGAAAUUAUUGGGGAAUUUGAUAAGUCUAGCCAUAAAGGGAUACGAUGUGAUAUUAGGCAUGGAUUGGCUGGCUCGGUACGAUGCACAGCUAGAUUGUAAGAGGAAAACUGUUGAAUUUCGCAUUCCUGGGGAGGCGACUUUGAGGUUAGAUGUGAGGGUAGUCUAG